AUGGAUAUGGAUAGCAUUGAGGGGUUGAAUGAAGUGCGUCCUGCUGUGUACCGCACUGCAAUGAAGCUCCGCUCCUUACAGAAACUCUGCCAUAUGUAUGUUGUAACACUGCGGGAGCUCAUCCCAGUCCUGUGCUCUCUGGGCGGAGCCCGGGACACUGGGGCGGGGCUUAGUGAACAGAAAGUGAGACAGGGCAUAAACAGGAUGUUCCAAAGCGUGUCACAGGAAGUACCUGGGCAGGUGUCGGCAGAGGCGCCAGAAAUGACUUGCAGACUGCUGUACAGACUGUUUGACCGGGGACAGACUGGCGCUGUCUGUCGCAGGUCAGUUGAAGCCGCUCUCAUCUCUCUCUCAGCAGACACACUCUCAGCCAAACACAAGGGUAAGUAACACACACACACACACAGACACACAUGAUAUACACUCGGUGUUCAUUCCCUGUGUGUGUUGCAGCUCUGGUUCGUCUGGCAGACAGGUGCAGUGGGAGAGAGAGCGGCACGGUGAGCAGGAGUGGUCUCAGAGUCGUACUGCAA